CCAAUGCGCGCGCGCGCGCUCUUGGGAGGGAGGCGGCGCGUUUGAUGCUCAUGUUAGUUUCAGGAAGGGCGCGCGCGUGUGUUAUUAAUGAUCAGACGAGCAGAAGACGCACAGUCGCACUGACAGUGAGCACGAGAUCCACGCGCUGUUACCCGCGUCGCGAUUCAAACGCUCGCUUUCACAUCUGCGUUACGGUAAAGAAGGUGACGCGUGGGCAAGCUACCCGCGCUCGAUGGCGUUUUACGUCGUUUUUAGGUUGUGAGUAAUCACGAUCGACCCACUGGAUCUCUGCGCGCCCGCGCGCUUUCCACCUCUACACAGUUUUACAUUGAAGAUCCCUAAAUGCCAGAGACCUCUGAAUUGAAUCUGUUCCUUUGUACCAUUUUGGACGGAUCAUAUUAUGAGAAAAUUGUCUUGCUGUGUUAAUGACGGCUAGGAUGGAAACGCCCUUUUAUCACGAUGAUAGCGUUCCAAACUAUGGGCAAAUUCCAGAUUACGAUCGAUAUCAGGGCCACAAGAUGAUGAGUAAAAAGAACAUUGCACAUCAUUUUUCGAACAGCGUGGCAAAUAGCUCUAAUAUAAAACUGUUGCAUGGACAAGCAGGAAACAACGCUAACAUCAACCCAAACAGUCUCGGCAUGAGUGUCAAUCCCGGCAGCUCGCUGAUGUCCUCGUCAGACAUGAACCUCCUAAAGCUCUCGUCUCCAGAUCUGGAACACCUGAUUAUCCAGUCCAACCAGGGACUGGUUACUACAAGCCCAGCUCCAAACACGUCUGCUAAUCCUUUCAUGUACCGAAACCAAGCCACUAACGAGCAGGAAGGUUUUGCCGACGGCUUUGUCAAAGCUCUGGCCGAUCUACACAAACAGAACCAGCUGGUCGGAGCGCCGAUGUCCCCGGCUUCCUCCAUCCAAGGAUCCUACCAGAGGAACCUUAUGUCCGGUGGCGAAAUGCCAAUUUACACCAACUUAAGCAGCUACAACCCCAAUCAGAUUUCAACCUCGUACCCGGGCGGGCAGAUCGCCUACGCCUCUGGAGCCCACGCCUCGGCUCAUGCCGGUCAAGGUCAUCACCCUCAAGGAAGGGGUCUGGAUGCUCCCCAAACAGUGCCCGAGGUGCCUCACCCUCCCGGGGCCGACCCAUCCGGCUCCCCCCCUUCGCUGUCGCCCAUCGACCUGGAAACCCAGGAGAGAAUCAAGGCCGAACGCAAGAAGCUACGGAAUCGCAUCGCAGCCUCCAAGUGCCGCAAGAGGAAACUGGAAAGGAUCUCACGCCUGGAGGAGAAAGUGAAGGUACUGAAGACGCAGAACUCCGACCUGGCCUCCACGGCCAGCAUCCUCAGAGAGCAGGUGGCUCAGCUGAAACAGAAAGUCAUGAAUCACGUUACCAACGGCUGCCAGAUAGCCGUGAGCUCAGCGAGCGUGGCCAAAAGCGGGGAGAGUACCAGCUGUUGAACAAUUCUCCGUCUGCAUCAACCGUGUCUCACUUUUGCUCACCGCUGCCGUUCGAGUCGAUGCCCUGAUGAAAUGGCGCUGUAAAGCGGCAUAAGAUGGAGAGCUGGGGGGAGACCCUUUGUGUCUCUACAGCAUUUCUGCUUAGACGCUUUCUGCCUGUCUGUCUGUCAAUCGUAAGACAGAUGCUUACGUCUUUAGGAACGCCUCCUUGAAGAACCUAAAUGGACACAAAAAACUUUUGUUUACGACUUUAUUUCAUUCAGUGGACGUCUGAGGGAACAGCUACAGGCACGUGAAUAUGCACUUCAUUUGGGAUCAUACUUGCGAUUGUUACAGGAACAAAUGGUAGGAAUUCUCUUAAAAUCUUUGGGGCGUUUUUUUUUGGCUUGAUAAACGGUGACCACGUCAACAUGCUCUGAGGAUUUCUGCUGGUGUUUUUUAACUAUGUGCACUAUUAUUCGAACAUUUCCAAAGAAACAUAAAUACAUGCAUAUGAAAAGAAAACAUUGGAAUUGAUGCGCUGCUUGUAUCUGCGCUUGAAGGUUGAAAACGAAGCACUGCAUAUUUGGAAAAGAACGAAUCCCUUUAUACUGGUUUUACAUGUCAUAACAUGUAUUCUGGUGAGUUUAAAGUGGAAUAUCUUGUCUCAAUAAUUUCAUUACAGAAUAUUGUUCAUAUUGUGGAAUUUGGGAAUACAAGAAAAACUAAGACUUUUUAAAAGUAUCACAGUACAUUGAACAUUACAAGCAAGCAGAUGGAUUGUGCAAAACUUUUUACCACUUUUGAGUUGGGAAAUUCCUAAGCAUUCCGAGACCUUUUGCACUGUAACGUCCCAUCCGUGUGGCCUGGGAGAUACAUUAUAACAAUGGGUUAAUAAUGUGUGUUAGUGUGCCAUAUUAUCGCCGUGUGAAUAUACUGUAGAAUAAUGACUUCUGCAACCAUACAAGAUUCAACACAAGGGAAUCAGGUGGACGAGAAAGGGCUUUCGAUCAAUAGUAUUUUAUUUUAUUCUUUUGUAUGAAUUAUGAAGCAAUUUUAUUUAUACAGAAUUUGUAUUUAUGUUUAUUUUUGUGGAUAGGAGGAAGCAGGUUGGAAUACUAGUGUCUUAUUGACACAUUGUUUUUUUUAGGAACUACAUGAUUGCACAUAAAUCUAAAACAUUAAAUAACAUGUAAUAUUUAUCUUCUGUACAGAAUGACAAUUUAACUAUAUUACAUCUCAGAGUUUUUGUAGAUAAAUGUUUUACUGUAAAUGAAUAGCACCUAACUUACAAAACUCCCUUUACGUUCGUGUGAGAAAAGAGACCUGCACUUAGAGAUGUUUAAAGUGUCUCCUAUAAAUCUGCAGAAUUGCUGUUUAGUGACUUUCUUAAAAUUCCUUUGGAAUAUCCUUUUUUUUAUAUAACAUAUAUUGAUAUAAAGUUUAUUCAUAGGACCCAAGGCACUUGUUAAAAUUGUCAAAUAACCUUGUGUGACAGGACAAUAUUUAUUUUUUUGAAACUUGAAUAAUGUUUUUGAUGUCACAAGUGUAUUGUAUUUUUGUUCUAAGUUUUCCUUUAAAUGAACACAGUACCUACUGUAUUUACUUCUUUUAAUCAAUCUGAAUACUUUAUUUAUUGAAUGGGGUAUUAGUGAGCACUGUGGGCUUUUCAGCUUUGCUCCAUUCAUUUCUCUUUCGCUCAGCAAUGAGAUUUGACACACAUCUACAUUUGUCCUCAACAGCAGGUUUGAGUUUUUAAGGAAUCAAACACGAGACUGUUCGGUAAUGUACGUUUCUCUGUUCUGCAGUGGUGAAAUGGCUUUGGCGUAUUGCACAGAGCAGCAGUCGUGCACUGUUGUGUGUUUUUUUUAAUGGGACAUUGUGGGUGGAGCUGUGUGUUGAUUUAACUCUAAAUCGACUGAUAGUGAAAAGCUAAAGUCGCAUCUUACAUUUUAGAAUAAAGGAAAUUAUAGUCUGUAUUCUUAUAUCUUUAACAUGUGUCAUAUAAACUGGAGCUUUGAACCAUGAAAAUCAUUUGUUUAUGAACGGAUUUACUGUGUUUACAUUGUGUACAGUGUAGGUGGUUUGUGUGAUAAAGCCAAGAGCAGAUAUUCUUCGCUCCUGAAACACGUCUCGAUUUGGAUCUCCAUUCGCCCUGAGGCGAGCUGCAGAGUUUAAAGUUUUAUAUUUGUGGUGGAGAGUUUUGAUCACGAUUAUGUUAGGUUGUGUCCUGACCUGACCACACACAAAGACUUGAGCGACCUGCAGUCCAAAACGGACUGAUGAGGAUACUUGACUAAGGGGCGACUUGCCUCGCUGUGUUAUUAGUUUGUUUACUACUUAUGUGGUCUUUAAAUGUGCUUUAUUGUUCCUUUUUUUUUUUUUUUUAAAUCAACAAUAAAAAGGUUUAGAUUUCUGCA